UUCCUCAUACCACAGUUUCAUCUUUCAUCUAUUUUCAUCUCCAACCAGCGCCGCCCCAUCACCGCUCCUCCAGUCGUCGGCGAAUCGUUCCUCUUCCUCUCAAAUCUGCUCACCGCCGUCACCCUUUCUGCCGAAAAAUCAGAUUUUUGAUUUUCUGUCUAGCUCCGCCACCGAGUCCGCAACCAAAAAGAAACAAGUGGAACUUGAAGUUUGGUGCGCACUCCGAUGUUGACAGUUCUGCGAGCACGGGCUUGUUCUUCGCUUUGUGCUUCAAACCCACAGCCCCUUCUUCAACCAUGGAAGCUAGGGUUUUCUUCUCUAUCCACUACCGUUGACGCUGGCGUCAGUAAAUGUACCCUAGAUCUGCAAGAGAUCGAGAAGAUUCUGACAGACGUUAAAGCUGAUGACGUGAAGAUAAUUCCAGUUCCCAAGCAAAACGAUUGGGCUGAUUUCAUGGUACUUGCCACUGGUAGAUCCACCUGGCACGUCAAGAAUAUUGCUCAAGCCCUAAUUUACAAGGCUAAGCAGAAGCAGCAAGGAGUUGAGCGAAUGACGCUGCCUAGUGUGCAAGGACAAAAUGAGGGCAAGUGGAUCGUCAUUGACUCUGGUAAAGUGAUAGUUCAUGCCCUCGAUGAAAAUGCAAGGGCUUACUAUAAUUUGGAAGGUCUUUGGUCCCGCGGGACAUUGCAAAAUGAACCUGUUGAGGAUUUACAAAAAGCUUUGGUGAAGGUCCGGCGGAAAAACAAUUCCAAGAAAUCUGCCCAAAAGAAUGCCUAAAUGGUGUUUUGAUGCAAGAGGACUGCAAAUAAUAACCCUUAACUAUUUUCUGCCCAUGCUUCAGAUUUUAUUGAGUAAUUUGUAAAAUAUUGUCAAUUUUAUUAUUUGUUCCUGUUUGCUGCAAUGAUAAAUUUAAGAGGACGUAAAGUUGAAGUUUUCAAGUUAUCCUACUUGUUUAGUUAUGAUUUUCACUAUCCAGAUAGAAAAUGUACUCAUCAUCUCUCUUCAACAAUGAACACAGAUAUAUUUAUUUAAAAAAUUUACCUAUUAUUUGUUCA